AUGGAGAGAAAACAAAACAAAAACUGGAGACUUUCUGAGUUCUGUGACAGCAAAGAGGUGAAGUGGCUCGAACUCGAGGCUGUCCCCUCUCUGCUUGCCUGCCUGCCUCUCCCUCCUCUCCCUGCUCAACCUGCUUAUCUGAACUGGGCAGGGCUCGGCUGUACCACACUCGAGAAGGCGGGCUCCCAGGCGCACCGGACGAAAACCUCUAUCUGCUUCAGAACUGCUUUCCCACAGGUCUGCCAUAGUUGGGAGUUCACCACCACAAUGGCUGACCAAACAUCCCCAGACUACUUCAACUGCUCUCUGUGCCUCAACCUGCUGCGGGACCCUGUGGCUAUUCCCUGUGGGCACAGUUUUUGUAUGGACUGCAUCAGUGGCUACUGGAAUGAGGCAGACUACACAGGGAUUUACAUUUGUCCACAAUGUAAGAUCACAUUUACCCAGAGGCCCGUGUUGCGGCCCAACGCCACUCUGAGCAUGGUAGCUGAGAAGAUCAAGAAGAGUGGACUCAACCUGACCGUCAUGUCUCCAGUGGGGAAUGCUGAGGCAGAGAGAGGAGAGAAACAGAAACUUUUGGGAAUCUCCCAAGCUGAGAUAAAGCAAAAAUUUCAGGAGCGAGUGAAAGAACUGGAAGAACUGAAGACCACUGUGGAUUCACUAAAAAACUCGGCGCAGAGGGCUAUGGUGGAUAGUCAGAAAAUGUUCGAGGACAUGAUUCGCUCGAUCGAGAGGAUGAGGUCAGAAGUCACCAAACUGAUCGGCAUCAACGAAAAGGCCGCGUUCAACCAGGCCGAGGCUUUGAUUGAGAGACUGGAGCAGGAGAUUGAUGAGUUGAAGAAGAAGGAAACUGGCCUCAAGCAGCUUUACGGCACAGAGGACCACAUACAUUUCUUACAGAAUUUCAAUUACCUCUGCACCCCCACUGAUGACAGCUUCAUACCCAGAGUAACGGUAAACCCAGACUUCUCCUUCAGUGCUGUGAGAAAAGCUGUGGCUGAGAUCAAGGAUCGUCUCGAGGAGUUUGGCAGAGAGGAGCUGCUGAAGAUCUCCAAGUCAGUGAACGAUGUGCCAGUCUAUACAACAGAAAGCAGAACAUUGGACAGAAGGAGCAGAGGCAAAGAGAUAAUAACUGUGGACAGCUUACCCAUCACUCCAGAGCCUAAGAGCAGAGGAGACUUUUUGAAAUAUUUCUGCCAACUGAAAUUAGAUCCAAACACAGCGUACAAAGAGCUGUACAUCUCUGACAGUAGUAGAAAAGUAAUCCGCACCAGGGACCUUCAGGCCUAUGCAGAUACCCCAGAGCGAUUUGACAGCUUUGCCCAAGUGCUGUGCAGGGAAGCUCUGUCCAGCGGCCGCUUCUACUGGGAGAUUGAGUGGAGCGGGGAGUUCUCUAUUGGCGUGGCCUACAAAAGCCUGAGCCGUAAAGGCAAAGGAUCACUGUGCCUGCUGGGAUACAACAACAAGUCCUGGAGCCUGCUGUGUUCAGACACAGGUUACUCUGCCUGGCACAACAGAGUGGACAAGGCGGUCAGUGGCCCCCAUUCUCCAAGGAUCGGCGUGUACCUGGACCACACAGCCGGUGUACUGGCUUUCUAUGCCAUUGGUAGUAGUAUGACCCUCCUGCACAGGUUUGAAAGCAAAUUUGUAGAACCAGUCUACCCAGGCUUUGGCGUUGGGACAUCUGUGAAAAUUUGUAAUGUCAAAUGA